UUCAAAAGGACCUCUCAUCCACCACGUUCACGCCGGGUCUCCGUUUUUUUUUGGGGCGCCAUGAAAACCACCACCAAACUUGCGCUCGUUCUGGUCAUAGCCAUCUGUUUCUUUAUUGCCGAGAUUGCUGUGGGGUUCCGCACCAAAAGUUUGGCCCUCAUCGCUGACGCGUUCCACUACUUGAAUGAUAUUGUUGCAUAUGCCAUUGCGUUUAUCGCUGCUUCCGUGCGGUUUCCUCCCUUCAGUUCAUUUCGAUUGUUCACCGUUACAUCCCAGCUGCAAGACAAGGGCCACGAUACUGUUGGCUUCACAUACGCAUUUCACCGGGCAGAGCUUGUUGGCGCAUUUUUCAAUGGCGUAUUUCUCCUUGCGCUGGCUCUCAGCAUCCUCCUGCAAUCGGUCGAGCGGUUCAUCAACAUCGAACCAGUUAAAACGCCUGUAUUGAUUAUGAUUGUGGGCUGCGUUGGCCUCUUUCUUAACAUCGUGAGUGUGCUUGUGGUUCAUGACCAUGGUGGACAUAGUCACGGCCCGCAAUCGAGUCCGGCGGAAGGUCAUGGCUACUCGCAUGGGUCAGAAGUCGUCACCGUCAAUGCUCUGGCAGAUGUCCAUAUUCGGGAUGGUGUUCACGCUCAGCAUCACCAUACGCUGUUUCCGCCCGCCGUGUUGCCAAACAAGAAUCUUGGUCUCUUUGCUGUACUCAUCCAUCUCUUUGGAGACGCCGUCAACAAUGUUGGCGUUAUCAUUUCAGGAGUGCUCAUUUGGCAGUUACAUUCGCCACAUCGAUUCUACGCCGACCCUGCUGUCUCGUUGGGAAUAAGUUUGAUCAUUUUUGCCAGCGCUAUCCCAAUGACAUUAAGAGCAGGAAGGAUCCUCUUAGAAGCUGCCCCUGUUGAGCUGGAUCUUGACAAGGUGCAGGAGGACCUCCUUGCGCACGAACGCGUAUUGGCAGUCCACGACCUCCAUGUCUGGAUGCUGUCCCAGAAACUCACCCUUGCCUCGUUGCACGUUUGUGUACCGUAUGGCACAUCUCUCGAAGAAUGGGAACAAACAGAACGCUCCCUCCAACACUGUUUCUCUGCUUACGGUGUCAACCACGUUACGAUGUCUCCAGAAGUCCAGCAUGGUGAUUCGCCUACCACUUCUGGAGACGAUAAGAUGAUGUGUAAGGGCUCGCAGGAGGGCAGUUGUGCAGUAGGUUCUGCAUUAAAGAAGAGGGUGGUGGCAGAUAGCGCAUAA